AUGAAUUCGAAUAAGCCGAUCUCACCGAAUGUCAGAUUUCUGAAGAAUGCCCAGGUUCCACCGAAUGUCAAAGUCCCUCCGAACCAGUUCAAGACUGAGAAUGCCCAUGGCAUGAAGGUUGGAGAAGCAUUUGAUUCCUUCUCAGCGGACGGACUACAACCUGGUGAACUUGAAGGUGAAGAUCGCACCAUGACUCCAUUCCCACGAAAGGAGUUCGCUUUCGUGACGGAAGCUAUGAAUGAGCUGGUUGAAGAAGGCGAUAUGAUCUUCAAAGCUCAUGGCGGAAUCACGUCCCUGGCGCAAUGGGACGUCAUGGAAUUGUGUUGUGACCCCACCAGCUUGUUGAUCGAGGAAGUUAUCAGGCAAGGUGGUCGAGCAGGGCGUGCUGGAUUACACAACCAAUGUGACCUGACCAAGCCUGAGGGAGUUGAGCGAACCUUGGCACUACUUCGCCAACAUCGACCACGUUGGAUUUGGGUCAGCUUUCCUUGUGGCCCUACCUCGGCAGUUCAAGCUCUCAAUGAACGCACCCCUGAAGGAAAAGUCAAGAGUGCCUACCGGAAAAGGCAUGCGAGAAAAGUUCUUCGAGGUGGACUACGAGUUCUACAAGAACACCUCUCCAUGGAUGGCGAGAUCGCCUGGGAAUGGCCGAGAUUCAAUAAGGCAUGGCAACUUCCUGAAGUGGUUGCAUUUUGGGAAGCUCUUCAGCAAUGUGACCGUGCUCACGAAGUGCUUGGCGAUGGCUGUAUGUUUGGCCUCACGUCUCCAGAUGGCCCUGUGAAGAAGCCAUGGAGGUUUAUGACCACAAGAGCACGAGCUUUGGCUGGUUUGGCAAGACUUUGUGAUGGUUCGCACCACCACGUCCCUUGCCUUGGACAACGUGCUCGGGCCUCCGCCUACUACACCAAGCAGUUGUGCCACAUUGCGGUCAAAGGCAUGCUGGAACCCUCCGAGCUCAUUGGAGGGAUUGUUGAAGUUGAGCCUGAUCCCCAGGUGUUGGAGAAGCUCACACCUCAGGAACUACAACAUCUCAUGGAGACAGUGCGCAAGCUUCAUCGUCUCUGCGGCCAUCCAAACAAUCGUGCCUUGCUGAAGCUCCUACGUGCAAGAGGAGCCAGUGAAGAACUUAAAGCCGCAGCUCUACAGUUGGCUUGCCCUGAAUGUCAAGAGAGCAGAACGGCAACGCCUGCCACCAAGGUGUCUUUAGAGCGAGAGGAUACCAUUUGGAAGACACUUCAGAUGGACGCCUUCUACUUCAGGCAUGCUAAGCAGGUGCAUCACUUCCUCCUCCUGCUCGAUGAGGCUAGCUCCUUUGCCGUGGUGAGAGAGAUCAAGGUUCACCACGAAGAUGAAUCUGAGAACAUCUCAACCCCAGAGGUCAUCACUGCUCUGGAGGAAUCUUGGUGUCAAAUCUUCGGCUACCCGGCACGCAUUAGAUGUGAUGCUGAAGGGGCAUUUCGCGGCACAGCUCUCGCAAUGUGGUGCUCCGAGCGUGGCAUUGAGAUGACUCAUGUUCCGGCUGAACAUCAUGCCGCCACGGGAGCUGUUGAGAAAGCCAUUGGAGAGCUUCGCUGGAAGAUGGAAACCUUUCUCCGGAACGAGCCCAUUGAACCUCGACGCGCCGCAAGUGCAAUGGUCCAAGCUCACAACCAUGUGAUUCGCGUGGGUGGUUUUGCUCCUGCGCAAUGGGCAUUUGGGCGAUCGGAGAGCGUGUCAGUGAAUCCUGCAGAGGCAUGCUCCGAAGGAACACCUGGACACGCUAUGGCUGAAAGUCUGAGGCUCCGAAUUGAAGCAGAACAUCUUCACAACAAGCUCAGUGCUGAUGCUCGCAUUUCGCGAGCGAAGAACAGCCGCUCCAAGCCUGCCCGACAGUUCUUGCCUGGAAAUGUUGUCUACUACCAGCGCCAUAAGGUUCCUCGACGUGCUCCUGCCAACGAGGAUGUGGACAUGCCCCGCAUGCGGAUUGCUCGCUGGUAUGGGCCUGCUAGAGUCUUGGCCUGUGAGACAAGGGUGGACAGUUCCAGCACUUCUCGAAUGCCCUCAAGCGUUAUUUGGUUGGUAAGCUGUGGACGCUUGCUUAAGGCUCACAUCGACCAGAUUCGGCAUGGCAGUGAACGAGAAUUGCUGAUUGCCAACUCCUCUGGCACGAUGGCCAUGCCAUGGACCUUUACAAUGAUGAGCACUUCACUCCAUAAGGGCGCCUUUGAGGACCUCACAACUUCGAAGGCUGAGCGAUUUGAAGCCAAAAGGAGACAAACCUUUCGCCCAUCUCACCAAGAUGGCAAGAGGCUGAAAACUGUAAGAGAAGAGGAAGAUCCUGAUGAUCUUGCCAGCUCCUCGUCUGAAGAACUUCUUCCUGACUCGGAGGUGCACAUGGAUCCAACUUUGAAAGAAGGAAUGCACCCCGACGAUUCAGAUGAGCUGGACAUCGAUCGCUUGCUGAACGACCCCUCCUACAUGCCACUUCAUCCUAUCGAACCUCCUGACGCUCCCAUGGAAGAAAGCAGAGAUUCUGCCGGAAAGAGCUUCCAGCAUCAGAGGAAGCGACAUGAGAUGGAGGAUAGACCACACCAUGCCAAGUUCCCGAAGAAGUACCAGGACCCUGACCUAAUUGGCUGGUGCUCCAACAUGGAGAAUGACUUCAUCCUGUCGGUGACCAUCGACGCACCGGCCAAUGAAGAUGAGUGGAGGCAGAUCUUGAAAGGGCCAAAGAAAUUUACCUCCAAGGCAGUCAAGAAGGGAGUGUUUGCGCUCCCUGUGAAGGAGCUUGGUGACAAGAUGAACUGUGGCCCCAAGGACACCGUCCGCCUUCUGCGAGCUGCCUACGGCCUUGUUUCAGCACCCCGUGAGUGGUACCGUGAUGUCGACAAGAUUGCGACGACCACUUGUGGCAUGCAUCGACUGGUAUGCGAGCCAUGCCUGUGGGUGUGCAAAGAUGAACAUGGCAAAGUCCAGGGCGCCGUUGCCAGUCACGUUGACGACUUCAUUGUCGCCGGCAACGAAGACAAUGCUUUGUGGCAUGAAACGCUGCAAAAGUUUCAUCAAGCUUUGAACUGGAGUCCCUGGGAACCAGAUCCCUAUCUGCAUUGUGGAGUGGAGAUCCAUCAACAGAGCAACUACAGUUUCCACCUGGACCACUCCCAGUAUGCCUCCCAGAUCAAGCAGAUUGACUUGGACAAGUCCACCACUGAGGCCGAGCCGAAGCUGGAUGGUAAGAAUGUCGUCUUCGGACGCGUCAUCGAAGGGAUUGACAAGCUCUCCAAGGCGAUCAUCUCGGAUUGCGGCGAGUUGGAGUCCGAAGCCUUGAGAACGAGAAAGCGAAAGCUGGACGAGGAGAGCACUUGUCGUAUUCUGCAGCCGCGGGGCCCGAGCUUUCGUGUGGCGCCGCCUUUGAAGAGGCGCAGCCGCAGCAAUGGCCUCACCAGUGGCCUCAUUGAAGCAGCCGCUCCUACCGAGGCGCCAUCUCUCAUCUCUCAGGUCUAA